CCUAUUUUGACCUGUUUUUGCUAACUGCAUUUCUUUAUGGUAAAUGCAUCUGCAAGCAGUCUGUGUCUUGGAACAUUUUAUCAGCAUGUAGCCUAUGGUCCAGCGGGCAUGUGUGUUUUCUGACUAUGCAGGUGCGUGGCUGGAGGAGUUAUGGGUGGGAAACUCCGAGGUCAUUCUCAUCUCUUUGAACGCUGGUGGUUAAAUUGCGAGUUUGAAAUACUGAAGUAUUCAGAACACUGUAAGCCUACCUCCCGGCUGGAUUGUUCCCACGGCUAUGCGUCCCUUGACAUACACAGCCCUCUUUGGUGAGUGAUCAGUCAUUGCUGGUUCCCCAGUACCAAAUGAGAUGCAGCAGAGGAGAUGUGAGUUUCUUGCCAGUUCCAGAAAUAUAGACAAGGCCUUGCAGUCUGGAAAUGUAAAUGGGACCGUACAAUACUGUGCAAAACCACAAUGCUGUAUGGGCUUCUUCAAGCUGGUUGAUGGUCAUUUCAGACCUGAUCUGCUAGGUUGCAGCCUGGUGGAAACACCCUGUCCUGAGACUACAUGUUCUGCGUCUACACUUCUUAACAACUACACAAAAUGUCUAUGCAGCUCAGACUUCUGCAACAUCAACAUUACUUGGAGUCCAGGAACAGAACAGCCACAGCAGUCCAAUCCUCAGGAUAGCAGCCAAGUUGCAUUUAAUGACAUUGCAAUCAUCCUCUUCAUUGGCAUCUUGAUGAUAUUGAUAUCAGUUUUUAUAGGACACAAAUUGAGACCUCAUCUCAGUCACAGUGAUGAGAGGGCAGCUUCUUCAACUGAAGGACUGACAUCUCAUUGUUCCUGUUCUAGUUCAGCAAUAUCAGACAUUGACAUGGCAAACAUGAAGUUAGAAAAGUUUGUUGCUUGUGGGCGUUUUGGCCUUGUGUGGCAAGGUAGUUACCAGGGAAAUGUGGUCGCCUUAAAACAUUUCCGUUUUAAAAACCAUCAUGAAUUCACCCGAGAGAGAGCAGUAUAUGCGGUUCCCCUCAUGGUGCAUGCUGGGAUUGUGCACUUCCUUGGUGCAGGGAUAACAGUGAGUGGGGAACCCAUGCUAGUAAUGGAGUUUGCUUUACAUGGUUCACUAAAUUCUUACUUAUCUAAAACUAUGAUUACCUGGACGGAUGCUGUGAGACUCUCAAAGUCUUUGGUGGAAGGACUAGUUUAUCUUCAUUCUGACUUGAACUCUAAUGGGAUGCAUAAACCACCACUGGCCCACAGAGACCUCAGCAGUAACAAUGUGCUGGUCCGGGCUGAUGGCACCUGUGCGCUGUGUGACUUUGGCUGUGCAACAAUCCUAUGCUCCUGUGGUGGCCCUGAUCAGUGGCAGCACCAGUCUAGCACCUCUCGGGAGCAUGCUCCAUUGGGGACACUGUGCUACAUGCCUCCAGAGAUCCUGGACAGGUCUGUGGACCUGAACAGCGCCCUCUGCCUGCUGCAGGGAGAUGUGUAUGCUUUGGGCCUGUUGCUUUGGGAGAUGUGGAUGCGCUGCAUGGACCUGUUCCCUGAACUACCAGUUCCGGAGCACCAUUUGCCAUAUGAAACCGAACUAGGUGCUAAGCCUACUCUGGGGCAGUUGCUUGUCUUUGUAUUUGAGAAGAGAGGGCGACCAGCAAUACCAUCAACAUGGGCUACAGUUUCUCAGACAAAGAAGAAUACCUUGCAAGAACUUCUAGAGGAGUGCUGGGACCACGACCCUGAGGCUCGUCUGAAUGCACACUGUGCUGCCAACAGAAUAGCCUCCUUAUGCACUGAAUACUCCCUCUAGUGGGAAUUGAAUUUCUCAGGCACAUCACUCCUAUUCAAGAAUAAGCUUGGUUUUUAAACUUGACCUCAAUCUGCUGCAUCAACAGCAAACUGUUUGCACCCAUAGGCAACACUUGUAAUGUCCCUGUUUGUAUCUAGAACAUAAUGGGAGAGGGGUGGGGGGUUACAUGUAGCCUUGUUGGUGGAAGCAGUUACAGUGUUUGGAAUUUCAAAAUGAGCAGUGUGGAAAUGAAACCAGAACAGGGUCCAGGGAAUGAAGGCAGCAGCAAAAAAAACAGAGGAUUUUAAUAAAAAUGUUAUUAAAAAGUGUCCUCUAAAUGUGCCAAAGAAAUAGAUGAUGUACAAAACAGGAAAAGCCAAAUUCUUGAAAAAGAUACAAAAUUCUCAAGGCAUCAGAACAAAGUAUCAAAACUGCUGAUUGGAGUGGUUAAAUUAACAAACAGCACACAAACAGAAACAUUAUACACAUACUGAAACCUAUUUUAAAUCAAAAUAAAUCUUGUCCAGACAUUAAAAUACUCAAUAUCUAGGUGAACGAAAGAAAAUAAAUUAUACCCAAUUGAUACAGUGCAGUACAGUCACAAGGAGGUUAAAAAUACAUGUGGAAGUUGGGGAUGGAUCUUAAAAGAAAAGCCUAUAGGCAUAACCUUGAAUGUAUUAGUUUUCAAGUCCAUAAAUGUUGCCUAUUAUUGAACCUGUUACCCUUUAGUGAGAGACUGUCUUUACAGCUCAUCAGCAUUGACAGGUCUUUCGUAUGCUUUUUAAAAAAACUUUUUGUUUUCUUUUUACAGUUUCAAAAUGUAAUUUUACUGUAGUCCUAGAUAACCAUUUAUGGUUAUUGUGCUGUGGUUGUUUAUUUUAAGUUUACAUAUCCUGUGUGUCAGCUUGAUGCCUGUUGUUGUUGUUCGCCUUCUCACUCCAGCGGAGCAUAGACCAUCGAUAAAGAGCUUCCACCAAAUUUGGUAUCCACUUGUUCUCGAUGUUUCAGUAAUCUAGUAGUAUCCACUGAGCGAGGGAUUGGCCCACCCAACUUGAUGCCAGUAGUCACUAACAAUUGUUGCAACAUUUACUAAUAUGACAUUGAAUUAUGAUGUAAUAUGUCUUUCUCUGAUUUAACUUUAUAUUAACAUUUCUAGGCAUGUCAGUGUUUUUAGCAGGCUGUAUUUCAGGUUGUUUUCAAAUUGACAUUAACAGUUUUCUGCUUGUGAAAGCCAUUAUGUAUCAGAGGUAAUACAGACUUAUGAAAAAGGAAUUUUCAUGUGUUCAGGGAUACACUACUGGGGUAGAAAUUGGAUUUACCAUCGAUAAACAUAUGGUUUCUGAAUCACUGGUGAUAACUGACCAAGUCAUAGAUUAAUGUACUAUUAAAUAUCAGGGAAAAUUGCUCCAGCUUUCCAUCGGUCACACCUCUUUUUCUGUGUCAAGUUGAACAACCACGGUGUAGCCAUGGGGUGAAGCCCACAACAACAGUUGUGACGUGACUAAUGGUAUGUUCAAGAUUCAAAAUAUUGGUUGUGUCAGAGCUUCCUGGUAAAUAGGAUUAUUAACUUCAGUGCAGUACUGUAGGCGGGCAGUACUAGUUCUUAGCAGCAUUGUAUAAUAAAAUGUAAAUGAAGGCAUUGAAUUUAAAUAAACGCGGUUGGUUGCA